AUGGCAUCAAAAAAGGUUUCUUUAAUAACUUCUCUUUCUUUAGUAUUCAAAGACCUAAAAAAUGAAAUUUCUAAGCAUUUUGAGAAUUCAGAAAAAGAAUUAAAGUUGGUUUAUAAAUUAAUUCAUACUGCCAUUUUUCAAGAACCUAUAGAUGAUUCAAUACUCAAGAAUGAUAUCCAAAAAGCACCACGCAUGUUGGCAAAUUAUAGUUAUCGUGGCAGUGACAGUUCUGAUUACAGCAGAUACAGGAAUUUUUUACAACUAGGAAAAGCUGAUUUCCAAUAUCCAUGUUCAUGCAACACUGUUCUAUUUUGCAUAAUAAUUACACAUGAUUUAUUCAAUUCUGAUUCUCAAAAUUAUUCAAUCAAUCGAAAUUCUUCUUAUCUUGAUCUUUCUCCAUUGUAUGAAAGUAGUGAUAAAGAUCUGGCAAAAGUUUGUGCUGGUGACUUAGAUUGCUUAAGACCAAAUACAUUUGCAAACUCAAGAAUAUUGAUUCAACUAUCUGGUAUAGGUGCCUUGUUGUAUCUGGCUAUCACAGAAGCUAAUGAGAAAUGGAUUAAUGAAGAGUUCAAAUGUAUUUUGGGAACUGAUAAUCCAGAUAAUAUAUUUAAUAAUAUAAAACAAGAUAAAGAUGGCAAAUUUAAAGAUAGUAAUAUUGCUGAUGAGCUUAUAAAAGGAACAGAAAAAAUAGAUGCUUUUGGUACGAAUAAUACUCCUUCAUCUUUACAAAUUGUUGAGAUUAUUGGUAUUGAAUCAGCCAGAUCUUUGGGUAUAGCCAGUCUUAACGACCUCCACAAGUCACUUAAUUUGGUGCCUUAUACUUCAUUUGAGAAUAUAAUAGCUGAUAAAGAAGUAGCAGCAAAACUCAAAACCCUUUAUGGUAAUAUAAAUAAUGUUAAAUUAUACCCUGGUCUCAUGACAGAAAAGACCAAACCUUCUAAUACAAUCAAUUUAGCAUUUGCUUUUCCUUUUACAAUUAGCUGUGUACCUAAUAAACAAUUAGUUAGAGAAGGUGUUUUACAUCAACUCCUUCUAAAAAAUCUUCCUAAUUGUUAUUCUCCCAAUUCAGCUUAUGCUUUUUAUCUAUUCACUGUCGUUGAAUUAUAUCCUGGUCUCAUGACAAAAAAGACCAAACCUUCUAAUACAAUCAGUUCAGCACUUGCUCUUCCUUUUACAAUUAGCCAUGAUAUUUUAUUAUAUCCAGUUAAUCUC